AUGGAUCUUCGCCCUGUUAGCAUCUCCAGAAGGACAACCCCGAAGCUGUAGACAUCGCUCUUCGAGGUCAGGUGCCCUGCCAUGCCGAGACAGGUACCUUUCAGGAUCAGAAUGCAUAUAAUCCGAUGACUGGUGAUCCAAGCAAUGAUCUGAGCGAACAAGGAAGCGAACAUUUUUUGGGAUAAUGAUGGAAGCGGAAAAAUUUGAUUUCUGUAUGGUGUUCCAUGAGAAUGAGAAGAAUAUUAGCAAAUCAGGGAGAGAUGGCUUCCCCCUUUUAAUCCAUGAGUCAACACAGAGAGACUGGCUUGAACAGCAAAGUAUGGGAUGCUACCAGCUUAUGUUUGCAUAGCCACAGCCGAACGUAGACACUCUUCUUCAGAGAAUAGGGCUGCCCCGCGUUAGGAGAAUUACCCAUAUCAUGUUCUCAUGUGUUCACAUGUGAGAGCAAUGGAGAAGGAUUCUUACACUGCCCAGAAAUUGUGACCAGAAGAGAGUAGCAACCUAUGACUGUUCUGUUCAUCUGUUAUUUUCUGUGACACAGUGGUGCUUUUAUGUGCAUAGAAAAUUAUAUUUGCAAAUCCCAUUUGAUUCUUGGUUUUAUGAACGGAGCUGAGGAAAGGAUCCCGUUUCAAAUGAAAUCAGUGAAAACAUAAAAUGGAGAAGCAACCGAAUCUUUGCUUACAAAGUAUACAAGACUCUUCGAAAGUUACAUGUCUCCAUUGAGUGAAACGGCUGCAAAUGCUGACUGAUAUACUCAAAACCCUAUUUAGUAAAAAUCAACCGUGAACGAAAAACAGAAGGAACUGAGUAAUUUUAAAAUGGCAUGUGUGUACCAGUCAUUACGUACUCCGGCGCCGCAUAACCGUAAGUCCCCAUCACUCGUGUGGAAACAUGUGUCUUAUCUCCUUCAGGCCCAUCUUUUGCAAGCCCAAAAUCAGAAAGUUUAGCAUUGUAAUCCUGGAAAGACACAUUUAGAGAAGGUGUCAGAGCAAAAAAGGGGAUCUGAAAUCCCAGCAUUCGAUUAUGUCUAAUGUCACUGCCUACCGCAUCUAAGAGGAUGUUGGAUGUUUUGAAAUCACGGUAAAUCACUGGUCUUUCAGCUUCCUCGUGAAGAAAUGCAAGCCCCUUGGCAGCACCAAGAGCAAUCUUCAUCCUAGUGGACCAUGGAAGUGGCAGGGACCCUUCUGUGCGUAAACAUGGGUAACAGAGACCAUUAAAAAAUAGACGAGCUAAGAGAAAUGCCUGCGAAAGAAGACAUCAUGUAAAAAGCUUAAUGACAUGUGAGAGCUGUUUAUAACGAACUCAUUCAUAUCACAGUCUACCCAUCUUACCAGCACAAAAAGAAUAGAACAAAUGAAUUGCCUGAUAUUAAAAUUUCCUCAAAUCAGUGACUUCCACAUUAACAGGAUUUGAACUAGGAAUCACAGGUUAAGCAUGGCCAUAUGGAGAACUCGGAUGCCUUGCCAUAGAAAGGAUGUAAAAACACAAUUUAUAACCUUAUUCUGCACAUAACAUGAAAAAAAUGCCACUAGCUUCCUGUAUAUUGUCCCAUGCAAUUGUUUCAUUGAAACUUUUCAAGCUAUCAUGCGCUUCUCUUUUCAGCGACAGAGAUGACACAAUGGGUACAACGGGCAUUGAUAUUGAUAAAAGUGAGAGGGUUUGAGAGGAGGAGAAAGGGGGAGAGAGAAAGAAAAACCAGGCAGAACAAACGGGGGGGGGAGGGGGAGAGAGAGAGAGAGAGAGGUAUUCUUCAAAGAUAUAUCACAAGCCCACACAAGACCCAUAUCGUCAACUGACUAUCAAAUUAGUUUUGUUGUGGGUGGCAAAAGAAAAUCAGUUUAUAUUUCUCCCAUGUGUGA